AAAAAUAACGGAUUGACUACUGGAUUUCGAAAUAAAACCUACAUCGUACGUUGGUAGAAAGAUAAGAUAAGAUUUUUAUUGAUUCAUCAUAAACAGAUAAAACACAGUAUCGAUAUGCGUUUAUCGUCGCCCAAAAAAGAGUGGAUAAUAUCGUCUGCUUGUUUGAGUAGGCUAUAAAUGAAAUUUUCAGCGUUUUACGUGAACAUGGAGGGUCCAAUAGAAGAAGCAGUGAGAAACUUAAAUCCUUCACUUUUACUGUCUGUUUUGUCUGCUGUAAAUUCAACACUAUCAUCAGAACAGCUUGAUAAUUUGUACUUCAUUGCUGUUAAGGCUUUAUCAGAGAAGAUCUGGUGUGUGAAUAAUGGUAUCCAAACUGUCUACCUACUAAGAAACUUGGGAGCUCCAAUAAAUCGUCAAGAUAAGAAUGGAGACACGCCAUUAUUGCAGUACUUAAAAAUGGAGGAGUUAAAUCCUGAUGUUGUUGAAGCAUUUUUAAGGUGUAAUUCUGAUGUAUAUGCCACAAACAAUGAAGGUUGUUAUCCCCUGGAUCUGGUUACUAUAAAACAAAACAUUCCCAAAUCUGUGAAAGAUGUUUUUAUGAGAUAUGUUCCAGGUAUAUGGGAAGCAGUAGAGGGGGAUGAUGCCAUGAAUGUAAGAAAAUUAGUAAAUCAGUGGUGUAGAGUAGAUGUACAGCAGAAUGGUAAAUCUCUGUUACAGUUGUCAUUAGAAGUUGGCAAUGAAAAUAUUAUUAGAGUUGUAAGCUGUAUCCGACCUUCUAUGGAUCUUGCACAUGGUGUUUUAUCAGGUGAUGUUCAAGCUGUCAAAAAUGUUCUGGAUUCAAAAAGAAAAAUAAACAUAAAUUUUAGAAACAUGGGAGAUAAAGGUGCUACGCCAUUAUACUAUGCUUUGAAACAAGGGAACAGGAAUAUUGUGAAUAUGCUAUUGGAACAUGGAGCUCGUGUGGAUCUUGGUAUGAAAGCCGAUUAUGACUAUGAGACAGACAUUCCUAUGUACUUUGCAGUAUUGGGAUUACAGCCCCCGAUUCAAUCCACUUUAUUAAAACAAGUUACGCCUAAAGGUGCCAUCAGUGUGGAUAAAAUCUUCUAUAAAGGGAAAAAUGUGUUAUUCCAUUGUAUAGAUGAAACCGUGAGAAGCGAUGUUGUGGAUCAUAUUUUACAUCUUGGUUCUGCAUAUUUAGUAACACAAAGUAUUGAGGAUAAUAUGUAUGCAAGGGAUUAUGCUCAGAAAUUGCAAUCUGAAGAAAUAACAAAUGUUAUAGAUAAGAAUGUUAGAAGAUGGAUUAUAGAAGGUGGAGAUAACAGAAAAAUAUUAUUUUUACACAACUAUCCACAUAUUCCUCAAGUCAUAUUGAAUUCUGAAGAGGAAGAAGCUUAUACUUGUUUGCCAAAUUACUACAAACAGAUCACAAGAUUUCAUGAAGCUGUAGAGGACAGUGAUUAUGAAACUACCAGACAUUUAUUAGAAUUUAUGGAUUGUCGUGCAAUUGGUGUAUUUGGAACAUGUUUAGCAGACUCAAAAAGAUUAGGAGACGGACAAUCAGCUCUUCAUAAAGCAGUUUUAAGAAGAAAUGUUCAAAUAGUUCAAUUAUUAGCCGAGACAUUGGUGUAUCAACAAAAACAGAGAAUAGAUUCAAUACGAGAUCAGUUCUUUCGAACACCAUUACAUUAUGCUUAUGGUAUGGAGAAUGAAACUUGUAUUGUUAAUAUUUUGUUAGAUUAUGGUGCAUCAGAAUUUACAAUGGAUAAGAAUGGACGUUCGCCAUUAGCAUUUAAAGAUAGAAGGGGUCAACAGUUAAUGAACAAUUUGCUUGAGUAUCAACUAGAUCAGGUAAAAAAUGAACCCGAACCCGAUCCAUGGUCAGUACCAAUGCCUAUGCCCAUCAUUGGUUAUCUGCUUAGUUGUAGUCAUCCUAAUCAUCUUGCAUCUUUGAUAUCACACAAACAGCCUGUUCUUACAACUAAUCAACGUAGACGGUCAGUACCAGAAAUAAAGAUACGUCAAAUAGCUUCGACAUCUGCAAGCAUUGCUUCUCAUCUAACCAAUUUUACAGAAUCUUUACGAUCACGAUUAGUACAGAGAACUUAUCGUCGUCAUGUUAGUGCUGAUAAAGAUUACCAUCGUAUACCUACUGAUGACCAAAGACUAGAUGAUCACCCAGACCAUUUUAUUUUUAAUGCUGAAGCUGCAGAUUUAUUAUGUGAAAGGGAGAUAAAACAUUCAUCCUCGUGUAUAAUGCAAUAAGAAUACUUGUUUCUGCGUAUACGGUCCAGUGUGUAUUAUUAAACGACAAUAUUGGUGUCCACCAAUAUUACAUAUGUGGAAGAACAGGUUAAACGUAUUCAAUAUAUAAUUAUAACAGAGAUGGUAGAUGCGUAACGAUCGUUUGAAGAAACGGGCAGUUUAUCAAAAAACUACAGACCACUUUGGUUAAAAUUUAUGAAACUUGUUUUGUUUCAUACAAACCUGUGUAUAAGCACCAACAAAACCUUAUGUGGAUUUUACCAAUUUAUAUCCAGAAUAGCAACCUUUCCCAUGCAGCCCCGACGUUUUGUUCCGUUUAAACUGAAAUGUUUGAUAAAUGACAACCUGUUUGUUAAUUUAUUAUUUAUUCAAUAAAUGAGAUAAAAAAAAAAUAAUACUGCCACAUCAAUGGCAAUUGGAAUGUUAAUAAACAAAGUCAACUCCAAUACUAAUAAAAUUGUGUCAUUGAAUAAUAAAAGCACCAAGAUUAUAGGUUAUUUAAAAUAACUGAAAUAAAAAAAAUAAAAAAAAGAUUAUAGCAAUAUUGGUAGAAUUUUAUUGUGAGUCAAAUCAUCUUAAAGUUAAUGAGAUGAAGACAAAAAUUGUUGUAUUUAGGAAGGGGAGGAAUUUUAAAACACAUCCAUGGACAUUUAAAGAUUGUAAUAUUGAAUUUGUUAAAAACUUUAAUUACCUAGGUGUUAACUUUAAUUAUAAUUGUAAACCAAAUCUUACUCAACAAACAAUAUCAUCUCCGGGUAAUAAAGCAUGUUUCGGCUUGCACAAAAUAAUAAAAGAAAACAAUUUCAAUAUAAAAACAAGCCUUUCAUUAUUUGAUACAUAUAUUGGUUCCAUAUUAAACUAUGUCUGUGAAACAUGGGGAUACCACCCUGGAGUAUUAAACUAUGUCUGUGAAACAUGGGGAUACCACCCUGGAGUAUUAAACUAUGGCUGUGAAACAUGGGGAUACCACCCUGGAGUAUUAAACUAUGGCUGUGAAACAUGGGGAUACCACCCUGGAGUAUUAAACUAUGGCUGUGAAACAUGGGGAUACCACCCUGGAGUAUUAAACUAUGUCUGUGAAACAUGGGGAUUCCACCGGGAACCCUGGAGUAUUAAACUAUGGCUGUGAAACAUGGGGAUACCACCCUGGAGUAUUAAACUAUGGCUGUGAAACAUGGGGAUACCACCCUGGAGUAUUAAACUAUGUCUGUGAAACAUGGGGAUAUCACCCUGGAGUAUUAAACUAUGUCUGUGAAACAUGGGAAUACCACCCUUGAGUAUUAAACUAUGUCUGUGAAACAUGGGGAUACCACCGGGCACCCUGGAGAUGAUAUUGAAAAAGACCAUACUAAAUAUUGUAAAAGACUACUUGGGGUAAAACUGUCUACAACUAAUGCACUCAUUUAUUAUGAACUAGGUAGAUUACCUCUAUCUUUAAUAAGAAAAUAAAGAAUUAUUAAAUAUUGGCUCAAGUUACUGAAAACAAACAAUGUUAUUCUCCAUUCCUGCUACAUGGAUAUGCUAGCAUUACAUACGUCCAAUAAGAGUUACAGCCCUUGGAUAAAUUUUGUUAAGAGUUGUUUAGAAACUUAUGGCUUUGGUUACAUAUGGGAAACAAUCUGUAUUCGACGAUAAGAUAUUUUUGAGUGAAUUUUAUCAGAGAAUUAAAGAUGUUUAUAUUCAGUCUUUGUCAGAAUACUUUGAAACGUCUUCAAAAUGUCUUCUUUAUAGAAGUUUGAAUGUAGAUUUUAAAUUACAGUUUUAUUUAAAACACCCUAUAUAUUAUAAGAAUGAUAUUUGUAAACUUAGAGUAAGCUAAAUAAAAAUUGAGACAGGGAGAUAUUACAAUAUAGAGAGAAAUGAAAGACUUUGUAUAUACUGUAAUGAUUUAGAAAUAGAAGAUGUGGCGUGCCCCAGGGUAGUAUCCUGGGACCGUUAUUAUUUCUGUGCUAUGUAAACGAUAUGGUUAACAGUAUCCCCUCAAAAUGUAAACUUAUUUUAUACGCAGAUGACAGUACAAUAUUAUUUUCCGAUCAGAAUCCUGAAGUUGUUUCACAAACACUUGGCUGUGCUCUUGAUUCCUGUUCAGAAUGGCUCAUCGAUAAUAAACUGUCGCUCCAUCUCAAGAAAAAAAAGUGUAUUCUCUUCGGGCCUACACGUAAACUAAGAAGUAUUAAAGAGUUUACAAUAACCUGCAAUAACCAUACCGUAAAAGCAACAGAUAACCUUAAAUAUUUGGGUCUACGUUUUGACAAAUGCUUGUCUGGUGUGGACAAUUUUAACAAAAUUAUUAAGAAAGCAAAUUCAAGAUUACAAUUUCUGUUUCGCUAUAAUAAAUGCCUUAGCAAAAAAAACAAAAAUUUACUUUGUUCUGCACUUAUUCAGUGCCACUUUGAUUAUGCCUGCUCAGCCUGGUAUUCUGGUGUGAAUCAAUCACUUAAAAAUAAAUUACAAGUUGUUCAAAAUAAGGUUCUUAGAUUUGUGAAUGGGCUAGGACGUAGAGAUCAUGUUUCAUAUUCUGAUUUGAAUAUACUUAAUGUUGAAAACCGAGUUAAACAGUUAAAACUCAAUCACGUACAUAAAAUUUUUCAUAAUAAUUGUCCAUCAUACCUUAAAUCAAAAUUUAAAUGUGUUAGAGAUACUCAUCAAUAUGGCACAAGAUCUAGUUUAUUCAAUUUUGCGGUUCCAAAAUGCUCGGGUAGAGAUCAGCUCACAUCAUUUUAUUAUACCGCCAUAAGUGUCUGGAACGAUUUACCGAAUGAUAUUAAGUCUUUAGAUUCACUUUACAGCUGCAGCCAAGAAGUAUUUAUUGUUAAUACAAUGUUAAUCUGUGAUGCUACAAGUUUGAUAAUCUACUAUUAAUAAAAUUGGUUGAUGUAUAACAUCUAGACAUAAAUAUAUUUUAUUAUUUGUGAUACAAUGCUGUGAUGGCAUGUUUAUUAAAUUUUGCCUCCCAAUGAUGACCUGACGCGACCUUGGCAACUUUGGACUCCAUUGGAAAUAAGCAACGGAUGUUAUAUAAGUCAGGCUUUAUGGGCUAUCCUAAGUAAAGGUCUCUUCAUGACACCAUAGCUAUCAUAUUUCUCUAUGCUUGUCUCAUAUGGCAUCCCACAUUAUUACAAUGUAGCACAUAGUUCUUUUUUUCAUAUACAUAUCUGUAUUUAUUGUUGUCACUUUCCCAGUCGUGUAAUGCGACACUAGUUCUUAUUAUAAUACAUUAAUUUAUUGUCAUGUUGUAACCUUUACUUGAAGAAUAAAUAAAUAAAUAAAUAAAUAAAACUACAAGCUUGAUAAUCUACUAUUAAUAAAAUUGGUUGAUGUAUAACAUGUAGACAUAAAUAUAUUUUAUUAUUUGUGAUACAAUGCUGUGAUGGCAUGUUUAUUAAAUUUUGCCUUCCAAUGAUGACCUGACGCGACCUUGGCAACUUUGGACCCCAUUGGAAAUAAGCAUUGGAUGUUAUAUAGGUCAGGCUUUAUGGGCUAUCCUAAGUAAAGGUCUCUUCAUGACACCAUACCUAUCAUAUUUCUCUAUGCUUGUCUCAUUUGGCAUCCCACUUAUACAAUGUAGCACAUAGUUCUUAUUUUCAUAAACAUAUCUGUAUUUAUUGUUGUCACUUUCCCAGUCGUGUAAUGCGACACUAGUUCUUAUUAUAAUACAUUAAUUUAUUGUCAUGUUGUAACCUUUACUUGAAGAAUAAAUAAAUAAAUAAAA